GCCACCGGAACCAUGGAGGGUGCGCGGACGCUUGGAUGUCUCCUGACGUUAAGCAGAUGGUGCCACUGCUUUCAAGUACCUCCCCAGUCCCGGGCACUCGCCGCCCUAGUGCCUGGCAUGACCCGGGUAGAUAACAAGACCGAUUUUCUGGAGAAGCUGCACUAUCGCAAGCACCCUGGCAUCUUGAAGUUACAGCACUUGCGGCUGCCGCAGGCACUGGCUUACGCAGCGCAGUUAUUGCUGCUGGGUGAGUAACGGAAGGAAAGGGGAGCCGGAGAAGAAACGGGAUUCUGCCUGGGCGAAAGUGAUUCCGCUUUUGAUCUUUGGCUCAUAGGGAGCGCGAUCCCGAAUGUGGAGAAGCAGGUGCAAACACUGACCAAUUAUCUCUGGAGUCGCCAUUUGCCUGUAGAGUCAGCGGAGUUACAACGACGGGCUAUGCAUCUUGAGAAAAAAAAUCUGGACACCCGAGGUGGGACUUAAUAAAGGGUAAACCAGAUUAAAAUAUCUGUGGGAAAUGAAGAGUAGGAAAUAAUUUUACAGUCUCUUUAUUAGAUACUGCAGUUUAUUUGACUUUCUGACGAAAAUACUUGUUACAAUGAUGCCUUACCAAGAGAAGGUGGAUUAUUCCUAAGAUUGCUUUUGGGGUUUAGAUAAAGGUUAGAGUGCCCCAGUAUGCUGUUAAAAUCCAGAUUUUUUUUUUCCUGCAAGUCCAUUCAAUUAGGACCCCCCUACGUUUUUGCGUUUUUUUUUAAUAUACUUUUUAUUAUUAAAUCAUAGCUGUGUACAUUAAUGUGAUCAUGGGGCACCAUACACUAGUUUCAUAGACUGUUUGACACAUUUUCAUCACACUGGUUAACAUAGGCUUCCUGGCAUUCUCUCAGUUACUAUGCCAAGACACUUACAUUCCACAUUUACCAAGUUUCACAUAUACCCUUAUAAGAUGCACCGCUGGUGUAAUCCCACCAACCCCCUUCCCUCUACCCACCUUCCCCCUCCCUCCCCAACCUUUACCCCUUCCCCCUAUUCUUAGGUUGUAACUGGGUUAUAGCUUUCAUAUGAAAGCCAUAAAUUAGUUUCAUAGUAGGGCUGAGUACAUUGGGUACUUUUUCUUCCAUUCUUGAGAUACUUUACUAAGAAGAAUAUGUUCCAGCUCUACCCAUGUAAACCUGAAAGAGGUAAAGUCUCCAUCUUUCUUUAAGACUGCAUAAUAUUCCAUGGUGUACAUAUACCACAAUUUAUUAAUCCAUUCGUGGAUCGAUGGGCACUUGGGCUUUUUCCAUGACUUAGCAAUUAGGAAUAGGGCUGCAAUAAACAUUCUGGUACAAAUAUCUUUGUUAUGAUGUGAUUUUUGGUCUUCUGGGUAUAUGCCUAGUAGAGGAAUUAUAGGAUUGAAUGGCCGAUCUAUUUUUAGAUCUCUUAAGUAUAUCCAUAUAUAUCUUUCCAAAAGGAAUGUAUUAAUUUGCAUUCCCACCAGCAGUGUAGAAGUGUUCCCUUUUCUCCACAUCCACGCCAACAUCUCUGGUCUUGGGAUUUUGUGAUAUAGGCUAAUCUUACUGGAGUUGGAUGAUAUCUCAAAGUAGUUUUGAUUUGCAUUUCUCUGAUGAUUAAAGAUGUUGAGCAUUUUUUAUACGUCUGUAGGCUGUGCGCCUGUCUUCUUCAGAGAAGUUUCUCUUCAAAUCCCUUGCCCAGCCUGUGAUGGGAUCACUUGUCCUUUUCUUGCUUAUACAUUUGAGUUCUCUGUGGAUUCUGGUUAUUAAACCUUUGUCAGAGACAUAACCUGCAAAUAUCUUCUCCCAUUAUGAGGGCUGUUUGCUUGCUUUACUUUCUGUGUUCUUGGCUGUGCAGAAGCUUUUUAGUUUGAUCAGGUCCCAGUAGUGUAUUUUUGAAGCUACUUCAGUUGCCCGGGGGGGUCCUCCUCAUAAAAUACUCACCCAGACUGAUUUCUUCAAGGGUUUUCCCUGCACUCUCUUCUAGUAUUCUUACAUUUUUAUUCAGAUGAAGUAAAGCCCCUGUAUGGCUUCCUGUACAGUGCUGAAACCCACUUCGGGGUUAGGGGAUUAACGUAAUUCGGUUUUUUUCAUGAUUGUGAGCUCCUUGAAUUACAGACCUGUCUUUUAUUCAUCUUAUGUUUCCCGCAUAUUCUACAGUAUCUGGCUCAGAACAAGUAGAUACUUGCUCAAUAGUACUGAGCUGAUCACAGUCAUGAUACUUAGAUUCCAGGCUUCUUUCCAAUCCAUAGGAGUAUUGGCAAUUGUCACAGUUUUAAAUGGUUGAGGAAGUGAGAAAAUCCACAAAAUUAUAUCCUAUCCUACUCUUUAAAUUUUUAUCAUAUUUCCCUUUAAUAUGAAGAAAAAAAAAAACCUGUGGGAUAGGGUUGGUUAAGCUGAAUAAACUGCUGUUAGAGAUGAAAUACUAUCUGAUAGACUCUGGUGGUGGUAGUUACUGUUACUCCUACCUGAAAUUUUUCUCUAGGUUUGCCGUCUCUGCUGAGCCCUGAGGCUUUUCUCUGGUAGGACAAGGAGAGGACUGGGUGGCAGUAUAUUCAGAUAUUAGAUCUGAACCCUGUUCUCCCUAGAUCCUCACUUCCAGUCUUUGUUCUCACCCCAGACUUACCUCAGACAAAGGAGAGACUUCAUGGAGCAGUGCUACAGGCCCUGUGUAGAACUACCUACCAUUGGCAAGAACUGAGCUACAGUGAGGGACUGAGCCUGGUGUAUAUGGCAGCAAGACUGGAUGGUGGCUUUGCAGCAGUCUCCAGAGCAUUUCAUGAGGGAAAAGAGAAGGUGCCUUUGGACCUUCAACCUGGUUUUGUCUUUGCCCCAUGUCCCCAUGAACUUCCUGUCCCCAGUUGACAUCCUCUAAGCCCUUGGCCUGUAGCUUCUCCCAGGCAUACCAUCCCAUCCCCUUCAGUUGGAACAAGAAACCAAAGGAGGAAAAGUUCUCUAUGGUGAUCCUUGCCCGAGGUUCUCCAGAAGAAGCUAAUCGCUGGCCUCGUAUACCCAACCUGUCCUUAAACGGCCUCGACAUGUGCACUGUCACCUGUGCUGUCCAGAUGGGCACGUGCAGCAUGCUGUAAUCACAGCCCGCCGGCAUGGCAGGUACAGGGGAUGUGACCGAAAUUAGUGGGUGGUGCCAACAACCCACAGCUCCACUGAUGUCUCUUUUCCAUAGGGAUUUGUAUCGCUGUGCCCGUGCCAGCUCCUGGGCAGAUCUUUUACCUGUGAUCACUCCGUCUGAGUGUCCCCCAUCCCCUGCUCAAGAUCCCUCUGAUUAUUGACAAGGAUGUGUGAUAAUUACUUUCAUCUAUCAUGCCUGCCAAGGCCAAAGCUUCCUGGUAUCCAGGAUAAGAAAGGUGGUACCCCCAAAUGUCUGGGUUGUUUUUUUUUUUAUUUUGUUUGUUUGUUGAGAUUUUAAUAAUAAAAAACAUUUUUUUAAAGAAUGGAAGUGGAUUUUUGUGAUUCUUAAAAGAUUAUGGGUCAGUUGUCCUGGCCUUUUCUGUGAAGAAGAAAAUCCUCAGGUUUUCAAUACCAAGCUUCCCACAUAAAUCUCAAGCUCCCUUUCUCCUGUAAGCAUACUGCUUCUACCUGAGAUCCGGACUUCCCCAGGAAGAUAAUUGGAUAGUGGGGAAAGCCACCUCCAGAUCUCUGAAAACUGGCUCAACAGGUCUCAGGAUUGUUGUAUGAGCCACCUGAACAGAGACCCAGCAGCUGCCUGGCCUCUGUUUUUUUCUGUCUCCUUCCCUUCCAUCUUUCCCAGGCUCCCUCAGCUACCCUAGAGAUUGUCCCACACAUUUUCCUUUCCCUUGAGAGUUGAUUCCAUCAGGACGGAAUCUUCCAUCUCCAUGCCUAUAUAUGCAGGCAGGCUCCUUCCAUUUACUGGGUUCAUUCCUGGUUUCCCUUAGGCCUUUCUGUUUCAGGGGCUAAAGCAACUUUCUUCCAUGGUAAAAUUCAGAAGUACCUCUCCCAUAAUUCUUACCAGGAAACAAGCGCACAGUCAGAAGUUGUGACAGUAACAGUGUUGUAAUGCCAGAAAUCUCAGCUCUCCAACUAGACGUUUCUGUGCCUGGAGUUAUUUUCUUGGGGUCAUGGGAAAGGGGAAUCCUUUCCCCUAGUAGUUCCCAGAGUGGCAGCAGCACCACCUCUCAGCCCCACCUCUUUACCUUCAGGUGGCCCCAAAUCCCCUCUGAAAGGGUGUGCUUCAGGUAUCAGCACUGCAACCUCUAAGACUUGGGAUGGGCUGGAGAGGGUAUGGAAGGCUUAGAUCAAAUGUCCUGAGUGAGGCAGGACCAGACUGCUCCCAACACAAAAUAGCUGGGAAGCAGAUAGCAUAAACUGCCCUACUUUGGAUUAGACCAACCCCAGGUAUGAACUAAGAUUAACCAUAGUCCUUAGGUUAGUCGUGGUGUUGAAGAGAAGACAGCCCUGAGCUGUGCCUGGCAGGGAGUCUGGAGUUUCUGGUUUCCAUGCUCAGGAAGGCCAGGGGAGGUGCCUCCAGGCAGGGGGAGGGCGGGCCGGGGAGGGCCCAGGUCAGCUAUGCAAUGCUGCGCAAGCAGAGGCUAAGCAGAACAGAAAAGGACACCGCAGUCUCCUGAAACUCAGGGGCGUGGAUUCUCCAGCUUUGACUACCUAAGACACCACUGCUGCUCCAAAGAUUCUAACUUGAUACGUCAGUUCUGAGGCCUCUGCUUAACCUGCAUCCCAGAGAUGGAGCCACUACUAGGAGUAAAAAUCGGCUGCCUGUUUGCCCUGCUGGCUCUCACUUUAGGCAGUGGACUUGUUCCCAUCUGCUUCAAAUGGUUCCAGAAGGGUGUAGCCACAGGUCGUCACCGCCGCAUCCUCAGCUUCCUGGGCUGCACUUCUGCUGGUGUUUUCCUGGGAGCAGGACUCAUGCACAUGACCGCUGAAGCUCUGGAGGAAAUUGAAUCAGAGUUACAGAAGUUCAUGGUGCAGAACAGGACAAAAAGUGAGGGAAAUUCUUCUGAUGAUGCUGAUUCAGCUCAUAUGGAGUAUCCCUAUGGAGAGCUCAUCAUCUCCCUGGGCUUCUUCUUCGUCUUCUUUUUGGAGUCGCUGGCACUGCAGUGCUGUCCUGGGGCUGCUAGAGGAUCAACAGUGCAGGAGGAGUCAGGUGGGGCUCAUGACUUUGGACUCCACAGCCAUGGACCUCUCCCCUCACCUUCACGGAGUCCCCUCCGAGCAUUCGUGCUCUUGCUGUCACUCUCCUUUCACUCGGUGUUUGAGGGUCUCGCUGUGGGGCUGCAGCCAACAAUAGCAGCCACCGUGCAGCUCUGUCUUGCUGUCCUGGCUCAUAAGGUGCUCAUAGUGUUUGGCGUAGGACUGCGGCUGGUACAGACAGGAACUGGAUCACGAUGGGCCGUGUUUUCCAUACUGUCCUUAGCUCUCAUGUCCCCUGUGGGCCUAGCCUGUGGGCUGGCUGUGGCUAGAGGGGACUCUGAAGCAGGGCAAGGCUUAGUCCAGGCUGCGUUAGAAGGUGUGGCAGCCGGCACCUUCCUGUACGUCACCUUCCUAGAAAUUCUCCCCAGGGAGCUAGCUGGUCCUGAGGCCCCUCUAGCCAAAUGGGGCUGUAUAGCUGCUGGUUUUGCCUUUAUGGCCUUUAUGGCCUUAUGGGCCUGAGAGAUUCCUGGCUUUCCUGAUGGAACUCCCUACCCCCAGGAGACAUCUCCCAAAUGGCUUUGGCCCUCAGACAUUUCUUCACUGACACUAAAUGACAUUUACUAGGUACCAUCCCCAUGGACUGGAUCCCAGCUUUUCCUACCUGAGAUCCCAUUUCUCACCCAGAACUGAGAAAAGGAUGUUUGGUUAAGUGUCUAUUAAUUGGAGAAUUAGUAUAGAGACCAUUGUAAAACUGACUGUUGUCCUAUUUAUACUGCUAUGUGUAAUAAAAUGUCCAUUCUACCCUUCCCCUUUAGCCAUAUUGUAUUUCAUUUCUGCUGGUGCAGAAAGUGGUGGAAUGGGGCAUGGGAAAAACGAGUGUUGGAAGUAUUUUCUUAUGGAAUUAGGGCCCCUAGCUGUUCUGUCAGUUGCCAGCCACAGCCCCAGACGUGGGAGCCGGACGUGGGAGCUUCGCUGAAAUUCCAGCAAGCCCCUCCCACCUGACCCACAGGAGUUGAGAAAAUGAGCCACGGUUCCAGCAUUUAAAGGGAAAGAAUUUUAAAAACAGAAACCAUGGGGACUGGUCAUUUUCCUACACCAACCAUCCACCCUACUCCA